AUGGAGAACAAGGUGACAUUUUUCAGAUUUCGCCGCACAGAUCACAUCCAAGGGCCUCACUUGCUUUUGAUUUCUGGCCGCGGGUCGUCCACACUCUCAGUUGCAGGUAUGAGGACCCUCCACUGGUGCAUGCUGGGAGUUGCCAUCCUGCUGCUGGUGGCCGAGGUUGUCAUCAGUCAGCUGUGCAAGUCCAUCAUCACCCUGGUGGACGCCUUCCACACGUUCUUUAUCCUCCUGCACAUGGUUCUUCAUCCUCAAACUGCUCCCUCCUCUGAGGACUCCCUAGCUUCUCCCCAGGCCUCCUCCUCAGAAACACCUUCUCCCCCCCUGCCUGCAGAAUCAUCCACUGAAUCUCUACAUGGCGCCUGUGGGUCAUCCAAUGCCCCUGCUCAGCCUAACCAUGAAGCAGCCCCCCCGUUUAACUCCAAUCAACCAUGCUCUCCCACAAUCUCUCCUCCAGCUCUCGACUGCAGCGUCUCCUUCGCCGACAGCAGGUUCCAGCCUGUGGGGAAUUUCCUGUCCAGUCUCAUCCUGGCUUUACUGAGUAUCUCUUACUCAGUGAAAAUCCUCAGUUUUUCCUUUGAUCCACAACCAGUGCAGAACCUCCUGCUGGCUGUGGUGGUCGCAGCUCUCAGUCUGCUCUACAAGAUCCUGGUGCUCAGUGUGAACUGGGUUAAACUGCAGGAGGAGCGGGCCGGAGCCACCAGGCGCCCAGAGGCCGAAUCUCAAUUUGAAGUGAACCACAAAGUCUUGGCUGCAGAAGAAUCCAAAGGCCUGGCUGUGCCGGGGCGAGUCCUGGAUGAUGUUGUCAAAGUCCAGUCUGCUGCGGAGGACUCGCUCUGCAAUGGGAUGCUUGUCCUCUGUAACCCAGGAGCCUCCAGCGUCCCUGAAGCAGACUCUCAAACCCCACAGCCUGAAGUCCACCUGCCUGCAGCAGCUCCACUGGACUGUGAGAGUGGUUCUGCAGAUCUGAAGGCUUGCGAGGUUGAGAGUCUUUCAGAAGACAUCACAGAGACUAAAGACAAAAACUGUGUGGGACAUCUUGAUGCUCCAGUCUGGAAGCCUUCACAUCCCAGUGAGAUCUCUGCACCGAGCAGCCAGCUGUCGCCCCUCCUGGUGGUUCAGGGCCUGUCCUCUGCCCUUCUGGCUCUGAUUGACAGUGUGAUGCUGCUGCUGCUCGGCCCUCAGUGCCUCCUCGGCUCCGGAGCCUGCAGCCUCCUGCCUUACCUGGAUCCGGUUCUCUCCCUGCUGGCUGUGGCCGUGCUGAUCGCCACAGCCAUGCCCCAGGUGCACAGGUACGGGGUGUUGCUGCUGCAGGCCCCCCCUCCACACCUUUGUGUGUCGGAUCUUGGAGAAAGGAUUGCAGGCGUCCACGGUGUGCAGGCCGUGCACGACCUCCACGUCUGGCAGUUAACCGAAUCUUUCACCGUGGCCUCUGUCCACGUGCGCUGCCACGCCGGGUUUCCAGUGCACAGGUGUGCUGAUCUGAUGUUGGCCGUCACCAAGGUGCUGCAGAGUGUGGGAGUGAGCAGCUGCACGGUGCAGCCGGAGUUUGCUUCAUGCUCUGCAGGCAUGUGCUGCUCUCUCCUGGAGGAGGAGAACGGCAGUGCGCUGGCGCCACCUGCUGGAGGAACGACGGAACAGACACUCGUCAUAGAGAACACCUUCAACCAGUGUUAG